GCCCACUUGCGCAUGCGUGAAGUGGGUUUCGGGUGCAGAGACCCGCGCGAGCUGGGAGAGCUGCGAGCUCGAGCCCACCCGAGUGGGGGAGAGCGGCAAGUGCUUACCAAAUAUCAUCUUAAUUUGGAUACAGUAGCCUGAUAACACAUGACUCAGAAACAGCCAAAAUUUUGAUGGUUUUAAAACCUACAUGGACUGAACAGUCUUCCCAACAUCAAUAAAUCUGGCAGCCCUGUGAAGGAGAAAUCAUCUUUAAGAUGCAAUGAAAGGACCUCAACUAAGGCAGUACCAAAUUGGAACUAGGUCACACUAAUGGUCCUUAGACAAGACUAGAUAUGAUCCUAGGAAAAGCAAACUUGGAAUGUUGAGAUGCCAGUCAAACAGUCUGACUCUGCUCUUCCGGCUGGCAAGAAGUGAAGACCACUGUGAAUGCACAGGUGCUGGGGCAGAGCAGGCAGGGCCCCGUGUCAGCCGGGCAAAGAAGCUUCCCAACCUUGGUAUCUUCAGAACCAGCCAUUUUCCAUCCUGUGCUAGACCCAGCCUCCUGGAAGGGAAAGAAUUUGGUACCUGUUGAUGGCAGUGGCCUGCUGGGGUGUCAACAGAAGGCACAAAGGACUUCAACAGCUGUCAUCAUUUGCAGAAACAGGAAGAACUUUCCUAGGCCCCCUAAAAGCAUCCAAAUUUAUCACAGACGCUGAAUGUCAGGAGAGCGUGCUGGUCAGCUCUACUCUGCGGCUGCUGGAGAACCUGGAUGUGAGCAAUGCUGUGGGCCAGCUCCUGAACGAGGCCAUCUUCGCCCAACAUGGCACCCACGGAACUGGAACCACCACCCUGUUGUUUCUUGCAGGCGCCUGGAGCCGGGCCGCGGAAGAGUUUCUCCACCUGGGUAUUCCCAUUCCCAUCAUCGUGUCCGUGAUGUCAGAAGGCUUGAACUUGUGCACUGAAGAGGUGGCUUUCCUUCAAGUGCCCGUCCACCUUGUGUUUGACCAUCUGGACAGCCCACGGGCCCUGUCUGGACUUGACGCAGCCAGAGUGAGCCCACGUGCUGUUCCACCUCCAGGGUCGGCCCUGAGACAGGAAGAUGGCCAUCUCAAAGAUGGAGCCACCCCUCCCUCGUUCACCACUUCUGGUCUCCCCAAAGGACGUGCGACACCACCGGAGCCCUGCAUUGCCCAGGCUAAGGUUGGAGCAGUUGAAAGCACGCGGCCCUGCUGCAGAAGGUCGGUGCUGAGCCGCAGCCGGCACCUUGGUCGGAUGGGUAGCAGCGCGGGCUCGAGCGAGCCGGGUGCAUCACAGGGCCGGGGCGCAGACCCUCCUGGGGCGCGGGCGUGCACAGAUCUGGCGGAGCUGGCGGCCGGCUUGAGUCACGGCAGUGACGGCUGCAUGGUGCUCGUGGAAGCUGCCAUGCGUCUGCAGCUGCAGGACGCACGCGGGCUGCCAUUUGCCUUGGACAUCUCCAGACUCUUCACCUGCUGUGUGCCCGGCCUGCCCGACGCAUGCUCCAGCGUCUGCCCAGGCUUCGUCACGCUCGUGCCGGCAUCCAGCGUCGCGGCGAUCCAGGCCCUGGCGCGUCGGCCGGCCCGUGUGGUUGUGAUGGACGGGGAUGUCACGCACACGUACCGCCAUCCCGGGUUUCACGCGCCGGGCCGGAUGCAGACCCUGGGAGGCGUGGGCUGCCAGGAGGACGGCUCAGAGGCGGCGUGGGCUGACGGCACUGCGCAGGCGCUGGCGCAGCUGCGCGUGGACCUGGUUCUGGCCCGGGGCGAAGUGGCGGGCGCGCUGGCCGCACGGUGCCGACAGAGCGGGCGGCUGGCGCUGGGCUGCGUGCGCGACAGCGCCCUGCAGGCCGUGGCCGAGGCCUCUGGCGCCGUGCCCGUGCUCUACGUCUCCCAGCUGCACGAGGCCUGCGUGGGCGCCGGGGUCUCGGUGGCCCUGUGGCCAGGCCCCUCGGGCGCUGUGCUCGGCAGGGACCGGGCAGCCGUGGCGCUGACGGCCGAGGGCGCGGCGUUGGUGACCGCCGUGCUCACGGGCCCGGUUCCCGGACGGGUGCAGGCCAAGGAGGACGCGUUCUGGAGCUGCGCGCGCCGCGUGCAGGGCGCGCUGGCCGAGGGCAAGGUCUUCCCGGGCGCGGGCGCUGUGGAGCUGCUGUGUGUCCGCCGCCUGCUCGCGCUGGCCGAUGGGGAGCUCGGGGAGCGCGGAGCCCGGCCGCCGGAGCCCUCCGCUCGCACGAGCGCCUCCCUGCAGGCGCACAGGCCGGCCGUGCUCCGGGGCCUGGCGGCUGGCUGGCUCCAGUACCUUUCAGCCCUCCUGCGCAACGCCGCAGGCUCCUCCGCCAUGGAGGCCAACACAGUCAUCCAGCGGCAUGUGCAGCACGCGCCAGCCUCUGGCUCUCCCGUAGAGAGCGUCCUGCGUGAACACAGUCAAGGCUGCGGGUGGAUGUUCAGCCCCCGGCUCCCAGACGAACGGGAGCCGGGCUCCAGGGUCUAUGAUGCGGUCACUCCCAAGGUGGAGGCCUGGCGCCGCGCGCUGGAUCUGGUUCUCCUAGUCCUGCAGACCGACAGCGAAAUCAUCACUGGACACGGACACACUCAGAUGCGUGCACAGCACGCAGACGGUGUUUCAUUUCUGUAGUACUCCCCGCUAAGUCUUUGGGAAGUAAAUGCAUUUUCAUGUAUCAUGC